CUCCUCCCCAGAAACUUGUAUAACUCACUAUACAGCAGCAACGAUGGCCGGCUUAGGACCUCCUAUGGACGAAGCGCCGGCAGUUACCACCAACGGCUCCUCACACGGAAAGAAAGUCGCAUACUUCUACGAUUCAGAUGUGGGGAAUUACGCAUAUGUCGCCGGCCAUCCUAUGAAGCCGCACAGGAUACGAAUGGCGCAUAGCUUGAUCAUGAACUAUGGCCUGUACCAGAAGAUGGAAAUCUACCGCGCGAAGCCGGCCUCGAAGCUUGAAAUGACUCAAUUUCACACGGACGAAUACGUCGAUUUCCUCCAGAAGGUCACUCCCGACAACAUGGAUAACUACUCCAAGGAACAGGGUCGUUACAAUGUCGGAGAUGACUGUCCAGUCUUCGAUGGUCUGUUCGAAUUUUGCGGAAUCAGCGCCGGCGGCAGUAUGGAGGGCGCAGCGCGAUUGAACCGGGGCAAAUGCGACGUCGCUGUCAACUGGGCUGGCGGACUUCACCACGCGAAGAAGAGCGAGGCAUCUGGUUUCUGCUACGUGAAUGACAUUGUUCUUGGGAUCAUCGAGCUCCUCCGCUUCAAGCAGCGAGUCCUGUACAUCGACAUCGAUGUCCACCACGGCGAUGGUGUCGAGGAAGCCUUUUAUACCACGGACCGCGUUAUGACCGCAUCUUUCCAUAAAUACGGCGAAUACUUCCCAGGUACCGGCGAGCUUCGGGACAUUGGUGUUGGUAAUGGCAAAAACUAUGCUGUCAACUUUCCCCUUCGCGAUGGUAUUACCGACGACACAUACAAGAGCGUCUUCGAGCCCGUGAUUAGAGCCAUCAUGGACUAUUACCGGCCUGAUGCAGUCGUUCUCCAGUGUGGAGGAGACAGCUUGUCGGGUGAUCGUCUCGGCUGCUUCAACCUCAGUAUGAAGGGCCAUGCGAACUGCGUCAAAUUCGUUAAGAGUUUCAACCUACCAGUGCUUGUCCUCGGAGGAGGUGGCUACACCAUGCGUAAUGUCGCGCGUACUUGGGCCUAUGAAACGGGGCAACUUGUCGGGCAGGAAAUGGGACCACAACUUCCUUACAACGACUACUACGAGUAUUUUGGGCCCGACUUCGAACUCGACGUUCGUCCCUCAAAUAUGGACAAUGCCAACUCGCCGGAGUAUCUCCAGAAGAUUCUGACCCAGGUCGUCGCAAACAUUAAGCGCACCACAUUUGCUCCGUCGGUUCAGAUGACGGAUGUUCCUAGGUCCCCACUCGUGCCAGGCUUGGACGACGAAGCUGAUGAUGCUAUGGACGACCAAGACGCUGACGACAAUCCCGACCGACGCUAUACGGAGCGAUACAUGGAUAAGCACGUUGAGAGGCCGGGAGAGCUGUACGAUGACAGUGAGGACGAGGAAGUCAAUUCCAAUCUGGGUAUCCGCACACAGCCUGGCACCAAGAGGCGACGCAAUAUCAUGGACUACCAAAACCCGCAUGCGCCAGAUGACUUCGAUAGUCGACUAGGCACACCAGUUGGAGCACGAAGCCGUAGUCCCAACGGUGAAGCAAGCACUCGGGAUACAAAGAACCCUUCUCCGGCAUUAGGUGCUGAAUCAGCAUCGCGCGCCUCAUCUCGAGCUGCUGGGUCUGUAGCAAACGGGUCUGCAGCAAAAUCCCGCGCAAGCAGCUACAGUAUCAUGAAUCGCCAUCCACCUGGCGCCACAGACGACGAUGGCGAUGUUGACAUGGAUGAACCUUCAGCUCUCCAGCGUGAUGACUCGACGUCUGAACACUCCUCUCCGGCAGCUCAAGAGACGAACCCUGCGGCAGCGACCUCGAACGACACCACUUCCACCGCCCCAAUCAAUACCGCCCGCGCAUCAUCACGCUCAGGUUCCCCGCUAGCCACUCCACCUGAUUCUCCGGCAGACGAUCAGGAUGAACCUUCCACUUCAUUUAUACCUAUUCCGCCUGGAACAUUUCCCACUGCAACAUCGGACGUCGAGAUGGAAGACGAGGGUGACGAGGAAGUCCGACCGACGGCGGUCAAAGCCGAGCCAAGCGAAUCUCUUAAAGAGCGAGACGAUGGUAUCGCAGAGCGGGAGUCGGCAGACACCAAAGCGGAGAAGGACACAGCGGCCACCACGGCCAAGGAGUCGUCUAGUUGAUCUUGACUGCGACUUCCUGAUCUUCAGGCAGCCUGUGCGAAUGUCACGAUACAUGAUUUGAUUAUUACGAUAUUCCCCAAUCUUUGGGAAGCUUGAAACCUUUAUUCAAGUUUCUAAUUGCUUUUUGGGCGAAAUCUGGUGUUAGGGAUGGGACUCAUGGUGAGGCUGCGAUGGCGCUUUGGUGGCUCAUAGUGCGUGCAUAUUUUGGUUUCCUUUUCUCUCCUUUCUAUACUCAAGAGUAGCAUGGGAUGGAGAUGAGGGGAGGCGAUAUUGGAUUACUGGUGGCUUGAAUGUUAUUGACGCUGUACGUAAUGACAUUUAGCCAAGCUUGAACUUCAACCUUUUUGGUCUGAUUGUAAAUGCAACGGGUAUGAACGGGUGAGGGCGUCGUGAUAGAGUACAUUGACGCUUGGACCACAGCGGUG